AUGGCCAGGGCCCGGAGCUGGCAGCAGAGCCCUUGGAACGCCCUGCUCCUGGUGCUGCUGUGCUCGGGUGGCUGCCAGGCCCAGAGGGACUGCACGGGCGCCGAGUGCCAGGCCCUGGAGAACUGCAUCGAGGACGUGCUGGAGCCCGGCGAGUGCUGCGCCACGUGCCUGCAGCACGGCUGCACCUGCGAGGGCUACCAGUACUACGACUGUGUCAACGUGGGCUUCGUCAACGGCAAGGUGCCCGAGGGACAGUCCUACUUCGUGGACUUUGGCAGCACCGAGUGCUCAUGCCCCAAGGGAGGGGGCAAGAUCAGCUGCCAGUUCAUGCUGUGCCCGGAGCUGCCCCCGAACUGCAUCGACGCGGUGGUGCCGGCGGACGGGUGUCCCCAGUGCGGCCGCAUCGGCUGCCUGCACGAAGGACAGAAGUACGUGGCGGGGCACACCUUCCACAUGCCCCCCUGCAAGGUUUGCCACUGCCCCAACGCCGGCGGGGAGCUGAUGUGCUACCAGCUGCCGGACUGCGACACGUUCCCCUUGAACACGGCCAGCCCGGGGGACUCCGAGGACAGCGAGCCCGAGCGGCACUACGACGAUCCCUACAGCUAUGACCAGGAGGCCUCCGAGGGAGACAACACCCAGGUGGAGUCUCCAAAGAAGUACAGGAGUUACUCGUCCCACCUGGAGCAUGAGAGCCUCAGCCAGGAGCAGGGUGAGGACUAUGACUACCUAGCAGCUAGUGUGGCUCCCUCAGUGCCAGCCCUGGCUGACCCCCACACCGAGGGCACGGCGGCGCCCCGCCCCACCCCCGUGCCCCGGGGCCCCGCCGAGGCCCGCAGUGCCACAGAGCGCGGCGAGCGCCGCAGGCUGCCCCGCACCACCGCACCCUCCCUCCAGCAGGGGACACGCAAGGAGGCACCAGCCACCACCGGGGCUCCUCCCCAGCACACCACGGCCACCACCGAGGCAUCCCAGCACCUGGAGGAGCUGGAGAGGAGGCCAAACGGGAACAAAGAGAGGCACGAGCAAGAAAGAGCCCCCCACUCUAAAAUGAAAAAGCAUGCCAGGAAGGAAGAGCUAGACAAUAGCAUGUAUCAGGGCUUGAAAGAGGUGAACUUUACAGAGUCAAGCUCAGCAAGAUCAUCCCAUGAAGGCCUCGAGGGGAAUGAUUUCCCCAAGGUGAAGUUCAGUGCAACAACCUCUCCUCCUGUUGCUCUGAAGGAAGACCGCAGCCAGUCCUCCCCAAAGCAGUCGCAGACGCUGUACCGGUACCAUCCUGAGGAGGACGGGGACCCCAACUCCAUCCAUGCUAACCCCAGGCUGCCAGAAGGUUCCACAAAGGAGUUGAUUGAGAGCUGCUGUGGAGCUGGCCAGCAGUGGGCUAUAGACAACGGGGAGUGCACAGAAAUCCCUGUAAGUGGCAUGGAUGGUGAUAUUUGCAGGAUUGCCCAGAAGCAGUGCUGCGUGUCCACGGUGAGGGAGAACAGCUGCCUGGCCGGGAUGGUGGCCGCCAAGGAGGGGGACACGUGUGGCCCCGAGGACAGCGACCCCUGCGCGGGCUCCUCCUACAAGCAAUGCUGUGAUUGCUGCAGCCUGGGCCUGCGCCUGAGGAGUGAGGGGAAGAGCUGUGAGUCCAACAUCAACCUGGGCUACCCCUGCAGCCACGUGAUGCUGUCCUGCUGUGAAGGGGGGGAUCACUUCAUGCACCCCGAGAUCAGACGGCAUCCAGAGCCCGUGCCCACGGUGACCCCCGAGAAGGUUUCAGAGAGGGAGGAUCACCACGAAGCGUUGUCCAUCAGCAGUGAGGCUGAGCUGUCCAAUAACCUGCCAGGAGAUGACCUGGAUGAGUGUCUGCUCUACGGGGGGGAGCUGUGCCAGCACCUGUGCAUCAACACCGUGGGCUCCUACAAGUGCUCGUGUUUCCCAGAGUUCACCCUGCAGGAGGAUGGCACCAGCUGCUCUCCAGAUCCUGACAGAGGACAGAUGACCAGGCUGGAAGCUGAAGCCACCAUCCCUCCAGUAGCUUCUCCCUCCCAGCCCAUCCUCGUGGUGUCCUUGCAGGAAGAGCAGGACAAGUGCAAAGAUAAUGGCCCCUGCAAGCACCUAUGCAACAUCGUGGAUGGAGAUGCUGUGUGCUCCUGCAUGGCUGGCUACACGCUCAUGGCUGAUGGGGUUUCCUGUGAAGACAUCAACGAGUGUGUGACAGAGAGACACACCUGCCAGAGGAGAGAGCACUGUGUCAACACCAUGGGCUCCUUCCGCUGCCUGCAGGAGCUGAGCUGCCAGCCCGGCCACGAGCUGAAGGACGGCGAGUGUGUAGAUAUCGAUGAGUGCCAGAGAGGAACUCACAGCUGCAAGGUGAACUUUGUUUGUCAGAACACAGAGGGCUCCUUCUACUGUGAGUCAAAGCAGCGCUGCAUGGAUGGCUUCCUGCAGGACCCCGAGGGCAACUGUGUGGAUAUCAAUGAGUGCACGUCUCUCCCUGAGCCCUGUAAGCCAGGAUUCAACUGCAUCAACACUGUGGGGUCCUACACGUGCCAGAGGAACAUGCUGAGCUGCAGCCGAGGGUACCACUCCAACGAGGAGGGCACGCGCUGCGUCGAUGUGGACGAGUGCCAGACUGGGGUGCACCGGUGUGGAGAGGGGCAGCUGUGCCACAACCUGCCCGGGGGCUAUCGCUGUGACUGCAGGAUGGGCUAUCAGUACGACGCCUUCAGCCGCAGCUGCAUCGACAUAAAUGAGUGCUGGAACUACCCCGGGCGCCUGUGCCAGCACACGUGUGAGAACACGCCCGGCUCCUACCACUGCUCCUGCUCCUCUGGCUUCCGCCUCUCCUACGACGGCAAGCACUGCGAAGAUGUGAAUGAAUGUGAUAACAGUCCCUGCAGCCAGGAGUGUGCCAAUGUUUAUGGUUCCUACCAGUGCUACUGCAGGCAAGGCUUCCAGCUGGCUGAAGAUGGGCAUUCCUGUAAAGACAUUGACGAGUGUGCCCAGAGCGCCGGCAUCCUCUGCACCUUCCGCUGCGUCAACGUCCCCGGCAGCUACCAGUGCGCCUGUCCUGAGCAGGGCUACACCAUGGCAGCCAACGGCAGGACCUGCAGAGAUAUUGAUGAGUGUGCAAUAGGAAGCCACAACUGUUCAGCUGCAGAGACUUGCUACAACAUCCAGGGCAGCUUCCGCUGCCUGUCCUUCGAGUGCCCUUCCAACUACAGGAAGGUGUCUGACAUGAGGUGUGAGCGCAUCAACUGCUUCAACUACCUGGAGUGCCAGAACACGCCGGUGCGCAUCACCUACUACCAGCUCAACUUCCAGACCAACAUCGUGGUGCCCGCGCACAUCUUCCGCAUCGGGCCCUCGCCCGCCUACGCCGGGGACAGCAUCGCGCUCACCAUCACCCGCGGCAAUGAGGAGGGCUUCUUCAGCACCCGCCGCCUCAACGCCUACACCGGCAUCGUCUACCUGCAGCGCCAGGUCAAGGAGCCCAAAGACUUCCUGCUGGAUGUGGAAAUGAAACUCUGGCGCCAGGGAACCUACACCACUUUUCUUGCCAAAAUCUACAUUUUCAUCACAGCUCAUGCCUACUGA